AUGGAGAAUCCAGCGACCGAGAUCUCGGCGGUGAUCCGUCUGCUCACCCAAUCGCCGCCGUCGCUGCAAGAGAAGACCAUCAAUCGCUUCUUCACACACAAUGCGUCCUUUGUCCACCCAUUCUGUCGAGUACCCAGCUUUGAGGGCAGUCGGUGGUAUGUAGGGAAGAUUUUUCAGUGGUACAAGAUUUUGUCGCCCCGUGUUGAGAUCGAGGUGCAUUCCAUCGCAUUUGACGAGGAGCACCUAAGACUCUAUGUGAAUCUGUCCCAAAUAUUCUCAGUCUGGAUCGUUCCCUUCCACGUCUCGCCGGUGACGCUCACCACCGUUCUGGACCUGACCACCGAUGCGACUCAGAGUGAUGCCCCAACGAAUGGCAAUCACACGCUAUACUAUAUCACGAGGCAGGAGGACCUGUACCAGACUUCGGAGUUUGUCAAGUUCCUUAUGCCGCAUGUCGGCCACUGGCUCGUUUUCGCCUGGCAUCUGAUCGCCACGCUCUUCUGCGUUCUGGGCGUUGGUCUCCUGUGGCCGAUGCUGUGGCUGGAGGAAAAUGGUUAUCUGCCGGGACGCAUUGCGAAGGGGGGAAUGUAG